AUGGAUGCCGCGUCUUCCCUCUCGAGGGGCUCCCUCGACGUCAUCUUCAACGACCCCGACAGGGCGGCCAAGCUGUUCCCCGUCCCGGUGAUGCAGUGCCUCCAGGUCAAGCCCAUGGGCGCCACGGCCACCGGCGGCGAACGCUUCCGCCUGGUCAUGAGCGACGGCGACCACUACGUCCAGGCCAUGCUCGCCACCCAGGCCAACCACGUCAUCCACGACGAGAAGCUCCUGCGAGGCACGUUUGCGCGCGUGAAGCAGUACACGCCCAACAACCUCAAGGGCAAGAACAUCCUCGUCAUCCUCGACAUCGAGGUGAUUGAGUCGCUCGGGGUGCAGGACAAGGUCGGCAACCCGACGGCCGUCGAGUCCGGCGGCCCCGCGGCGAUCCCGGCCGCCAUGACCGGCAGCGACUUUUACGGCGCCAAGAAGGAGGAGCCGCCGAAGCCGCAGGCGAUGCCGUCGAGGCCGGCGGCCGCCCACAACGAGGGCAACAUCUACCCCAUCGAGGGUCUGUCCCCCUUCCAAAACAAGUGGACCAUCAAGGCCCGGGUGACGACCAAGUCGGACAUCAAGACGUGGCACAAGCCCACCGGCGAGGGCAAGCUGUUCAGCGUCAACCUCCUCGACGAGAGCGGCGAGAUCAAGGCGACGGGCUUCAACGACCAGUGCGACGCCUUCUACGACCUCCUGCACGAGGGCUCCGUCUACUACAUCUCCAGCCCGGCCCGCGUCAACCUGGCCAAGAAGCAGUUCAGCAACCUGGCCAACGACUACGAAAUCACGUUUGAGCGCGACACGAGGAUCGAGCGGGCCCAGGACCAGACCAACGUGCCCCAGGUCCGCUUCAACUUCUGCACCAUCCAGGAGCUGCAGCACGUCGAAAAGGACAACACGGUCGACGUGAUUGGCGUGCUCAAGGACGUCGGCCCGGUCAGCGAGAUCGUCUCCAAGUCGUCGGGCAAGCCGUUCCAGAAGCGCGAGCUCACCCUCGUCGACGACACCGGCUACUCGGUCCGCGUCACCGUCUGGGGCAAGACGGCCAACUCGUUCGACGCCGACCCGGAGUCCGUCGUCGCCUUCAAGGGCACCAAGGUGUCCGACUUUGGCGGCAAGAGCCUCAGCCUCCUCUCGUCCGGGUCCAUGACCGUCGACCCGGACGUCCCCGACGCCCACCGCCUCAAGGGCUGGUACGACUCGGCCGGCCGCACCGACAGCUUCGCCACCCACCAGAACAUGGCCAGCGUGGCCGGCGCCACCGGCCGCAGGGACGAGCUCAAGACCAUCUCCCAGGUCAAGGACGAGAACCUCGGCGUCGACGACACCGUCUACUACUCCAUCAAGGCCACCAUCGUCUUCGUCAAGCAGGACAACUUUUGCUACCCGGCCUGCUCCAGGGACGGCUGCAGCAAAAAGGUGGUCGAGACGGGCGACGGCACCUGGUACUGCGAAAAGUGCAGCCUCUCCCACGCCAAGCCCGACUACCGCUACAUUGUCUCCCUCAACGUGGCCGACCACACGAGCCACCAGUGGCUCAGCUGCUUCAACGAGUCGGGCCUCCUCAUCUUCGGCAUGACGGCCAACGAGCUUAUGGAUCUCAAGGAGCAGGACGACGCCAAGUUCAUGGCCGCCUUUGAGACUGUUAAUUGCAAAAAGUUCCAUUUCCGUUGCCGGGCCAAGAUGGAUAACUUUGGUGACGCCCAGAGGGUCCGGUACCAGGUCAUGACUGCUGCGCCGUUGGACUUCAAGGCGGAAGGAAACAAGCUGUCGGAGCUGAUUAAGCAGUAUGACAUCGAUUCGUGA